AUGAAGAAGAUGCGCAACCUCAGCCUCAACAACAACGGUGUUGACCUGGAGCAGGGCAUCGGACCCAACCCGCGUCGAGCUCACAAGUCUUGGCAGUAUGGUCGUCCGAUUCGCCGCUACGACCAUUACUGCAAAUGGCUGAACAAUGUCAUUGGCCCAUGCCCCAGCCUUCAGGAAUUAGGGUUCAGCGAUUAA